UCAGGGCGGCACAGCGAGUCGCGCGGCCGUCCAUCCGCGCGCUCCAGCGAGGCGACGGUGGGGGCGCAGCUCCGAGCAGCGGCAGCCUCCCGAGAUGUGCGCCAGCGCGCGAGCCGGCGACUCCGUCCGCGUGACGAUGCGUGGAGGAGCACCGUGGGGGUUCCAGCUGCAAGAUGGGAAGGAGCAUCACGGACCACUCGUUGUGUCUCAGGUGGACAGCGGCGGCAGGGCCGCCCAGGCCGGCCUCCUGGAGGGGGACGAGGUGGCGUCAUUGAAUGGGGAGCCCGCCUCCGACCUCGCCCCCCAGGACAUCGCCGCCCGCCUCGAAGGUCCCGCCGACAGCCUGGAGCUGCUGGUCAGGAGGUUGCGCACCCAGGAUGAGCCACGCUACUGGGGGAAAGAGAAAGAGAGCUGGGCCCCGGGGGUCGAGCUCUCCCGGGAGAUCCGAAGUCUCAAGCGCUUCGGCAAGGGCGCGCCGUCUCCUGCCGGCCCGGUGCAGCUCGGCACCUCGGACUGCCGGAGGGAGUUCGGCCCCGACCUGGAUACGAGGGGCUCUGGGCCGGGCGUCCUCCGCAGCGCCACCUCCUCCACCCGCUCCCUGUACAUCUACAGCACCAGGCAGGAACGUGUGGGCCAGGGGGGCCGCCUUGCGGGCUCCUCCUGCUCCCUGGGCCAGGUGGAGGUGACCCUGCAGCGCCCCUGGGGGGGUGGAGAGUUGUCUAUCAGCAGGACAGAGGCCAGGGGGAGGGUCAGCCCUCCAAAGGAAGGAGGGAACGCGGAGGCACCUCCUGCUUCGGUCUCCUUUGGAAUCUCGGCAGAAGGUGACGCGUCGGCAGAGCAGUGGGACUCGGAGUCGGAGAGGGACCUCGGCCCCAGGAAGCACCGGGCAAGGCACGCCAGGUUCAGGCGCAGUGAGAGCCAGUCAGAGAAGCAGUUGAAGGAAGCGAAAUCUAAAUGUAGGCGCAUUGCUCUGCUACUCACUGCCGCACCCAACCCCAACAACAAGGGGGUGUUGAUGUUCGAGAAGCACCGCCAGAGAGCCAGGCAGUACACACUGGUAAGCUACGGGACCGGGGAAGAAGAACCUUGGUCUGACGAAGAGGAGGAAGAAGAGCAAAACGACCGCACAGUCAGAAUUACCUUUGUGGCAACUGACAAACCACAGCUUAACAGCGACUCUGUUGCUGAUGCCCAGGGCUCCUGCAGCGCUGAGAUUUCUGACUUGGCCAGCCAACAGCUCGUGGUAGAAAAGAAGCCCGACAGUCUGGAAGAGAUGGAACACCUACCUGCGACGAAGGGCAAAGGGGCCCUGAUGUUUGCCCGGCGCAGGCAGAGAGUUGAUGAGAUUGCAGCUGCACAUGAGGAGAUGAGGAGCAAAGGGAUUCCGGUGGAGGGGCCAGCAGGGGCAGGAAGCCCAGAGCCCGUGCCAUCCUACCAAGUGGAAGAGCAUCCAAACAAGCUCUAUGGUGAUAGUCAAUCUGGUGAGCUCAGCUGGGGAAUCAAACACCAGCAGUACCAGGAGCAGCAGACUCCAAUUCAGCAGUACUCUCCCACGGUGAAUGGCGUGGCUCACCAGCAGCCCAGUGAGAUGCAGCGGUCCCUUGUAGCCAACAGGAUGGCACAGCCCUUCUCAGGAGUUCCAAACAGGGUGCCGGCCCCGUUUUCACCUUCGAGGAGUAUCACUGCCCUGGAAUCCGAUCAACCGGGCUAUUCAGAUAACACAUUUCGAGUUGUCCCGCCUCCAGUUCCUGUGAUCACACGUCCACAAGUCCUGUCACCCACUGACCAGGAACAAAUGGUCUCACGAGAUGAGCGCAUCGCCGUACCAGCCAUCAAGACUGUCAUGUUACAGGACACGAAAAAAAGGAGUACAGCAAAAAUGGCAUUCGCUUCAAAUGAGCUCCUCAAAGCAUCCCAAACAUCACAGCUUCUGAAUGCUCCAAAGAGCGACAAGAAAGCUGGUUUUGAAUCGGGAGCAGAAGAAGACUAUCUUAGUCUUGGAGCUGAGGCGUGCAAUUUCUUGCAAACACCAACAGUGAAGCACAAGACUCCUCCGCCAGUUGCGCCAAAGCCAAGCAUCAACCUUGCUUCUCCACCCUGGUUGACCGAAAAUACUACCCAGGCACAAAGUGAAAUUCCUUCACCAGCUGCCGCUCCACCUGUUGCCAGUCCUAUGCAGCCUCGUCCACCCCAGCAACAUGCCACGCUGAGCACAUGGGCUCCACCUGAACUUCACCCACCACGACAGCAAUCUGUGAGUGCUUGGGCUCCUGCCCAAACAAAAGCAGAGCCACAGCUGCCCAGCCGUGCCUGGGGAUCAUCUCUGCAAGAAGCACAGGCUCAAGCUCCUGUGGGUCCUUGGGCCCAGCCACAUGCCCCAGCGAGUAUGCUGACUCCCCGUCAGCCUGCAAAAUCAUGGAACCCGCCUUACAUCUCAGCUAAUUCCAUGGCUUCUCACCUCUCUCAGACAGCAGCAUCAAAGGCACACCUGAUGGGCAGCGUUUCCUCUGCACGAGCCGUGAGCCCGGCCUCCGACAUGCCCACCAUGCGGGGCAGAGGUGCAGAACUCUUUGCCAGGAGGCAGUCUCGCAUGGAGAAGUUUGUGGUGGACUCGGAGACUGUGCAGGCUAACAAAGCCAGGUCCCAGUCACCCACCCCGUCACUGCCAAGCACUUGGAAGUAUUCUCCCAAUGUCCGAGCUCCUCCUCCUUCAUCAUACAACCCGCUUCUGACCCCCUCUUACCCCCCUGGAGCAAUAAAGCAGCACCCAGCUUCUAGCGUUCAAACUAAGGCUAAUAGCAAGCCGAAAGCGAAGCAAGCCACUAAACAUCUUAACUCCCUGGAUGUUAUGAAGCAUCAGCCCUACCAGCUGAAUGUGUCCCUAUUCACCUAUAAUCCGACUGUGGAAGCGAAGGCUACUACUGCUCCUUCUCCUACCUCUGCCCCUGCUCCUGCCAGUCAACUAAUGAAGCCUGUUGGGCCGGGGGUCAACAGGAGUCACUCUCUGAGCCUACCCCGACGCCUGCCAUCCAUGUCCUCGACACUGGGGUUCGAAUCCCCGCUGACCACCCCCGUCUUCCAACCGUCUUACGACCCGAUGCAACGACAGAGCUCCUGGAUGGAGAAGAGCGGGAAGCCCUCCAGUCCUUGGGGGUUCCAGCCGGAAUCUGCAGGCACUCAGCAUGGCCCCCCCUUCAGAAAGUACCAGUCCCAGAGGUCCGUGCCGGAGAACAGCCCCAGGUACGGUGGGGCUGGCGCCGACGUGCAGGCGCCCAUCAGCCAGCCAAACUACACAUCUGUAUGCAACGCAUCCUGGAGACGGUAAUUGAGCUCCAACGGACGUCACCCAGCUUGUACUUACAGGAACAUGCAUUCUAAUCCAGAACCCUCAAAUAGAGUCAGAUGGGAGAUCCAAAUAAAUAUGGAUGUUUUGCAUUGCUGGCAUUCCUAUUUCUCACCUAUAGGAAAUCUUAGCAUCUCAGAUUCCUUUCCAAGGAAAUAAAGAUGUCAGUAAUGGGGGUUCUGAGAAGGAUAACAGAGGCAGAUU